AUGCCUGCCAAAGCCAUCCGCAUCAUCUUCUCGCCCUACCACGUCGGCCUGCGCGACCACCGCGUCGGCAAUGGACCACAUCGCAUCCGCGCAUCCGGCCUCGAACAACAACUCCACAACCUCGGAAUCUCAACAGACCUAGUCACCAUCGCGCCCGUAGACGACCACGAGGGCGAAAUCGGGCGCAGCUUCGAGAUCAUGCGGCGCAUCUCCACGGCCGUCCGGGAAUCCGUCGCCGCAAACCGCUUCCCGCUGACCCUAUCUGGGAACUGCAUGUCCAGUGCGGCGGUGGCGUGCGGGCUAGACGAUCACGAUAAAAGGGAUUUGUCGUUUGUAUACUUCGACGCCCAUGAUGACCUGGAUUCCCCGGACGUGAACGAGAACGGGUACUUCGAUGCGAUGGGGUUGUCGAUGUUGCGCGGGGAAAGCUGGAAGACCCUUAUGCGGACUGUGCCGGGCUUUGACGGGGGCUUUGAGUUCAACCGCCGGUUCCUGUACUGUGGGUUGCGGGACCAGUCGAGUGUGCAGAGGCAAAGGGUGAUUAAUGCUGGGAUGCAAGCUAUCUGGGGGAGCACCGAGGGCGCAAAGGUUGACUUCGUGCGUGAGCUGAAGACAAGGCUGGCACAGCAGUCUUACAGUCCGGCUCUGGUGCAUUUGGACCUUGACGUCCUGGAUGACUCCUACGGGAAGGUUAAUAGCUAUCCGUCCCCUGGGGGCUUAUUUGAGGAUGAGCUGGUUGAGUGCAUGGGGCUUGUUCCGAGGAUGGCGGGCCCAAAGUCAUUGACGGUGUGUUCUUUUGAUCCUGAUGCCGGCGAUGGGGAUAGGAUUGCUGGUAUUGCAGUGCGUGCUAUUACAACCUUUGUCAAGAGACUUCUAGAUACCGGGGUAUUGUGUAUAUCCUAG